CACACACACACACACACACACACACACACACCACAGACUGAUGCUCCCUUCCUCCACUCUCUGUCUCUCCUAGCCCAAUCCUUCCCUAUCUAUCUAUCUAUCUCUCUCUCUCUCUCUCUCUCUCUCUCUCUCUCUCUCUCUCUCUCUCUCUCUCUCUCUCUCUCUCUCUCUCUCUCUCUCUCUCUCUCUCUCUCUCUCUCUCUCUCUCUCUCUCUCUCUCUCUCUCUCUCUCUCUCUGUCUCUCUCUCUCUGUGCCUGAGUGAGUGUGUGCCAUGGCUGUCCUGCUCAGACGUGCGGGCUGCGCGGCUCUUCGCCUGGCCCUCAGGCAGGGCAGGAGCCCCCCCAUGGCUGCGGCCCCGCGCCUCACUCUGCCCGCCACGCUGCUAGGAACAUGCCGUACCAAGAAGACCUGGCCAGUGUCGUUCUCUCAGGAGGACCUGAGGAAACGCCUGACGCCCGUGCAGUUCCACGUCACUCAGGAGAAAGGCACUGAGAGCGCCUUCAGAGGAGAGCUGACCGACAACAAGGAGGAGGGCACCUACGCCUGCGUCGUGUGCGGCGCACCUCUGUUCACGUCAGACAAGAAAUUUGACUCCGGGUCAGGUUGGCCUUCCUUCUUCGACCUGAUCAAAGAGGAGUCUGUCGCCGUGACGGAUGACUUCUCUUAUGGGAUGCACAGGGUGGAGACCACCUGCAGCCAGUGCGGCGCGCACCUGGGACACCUGUUUGACGACGGCCCCCGGCCGACGGGGAAACGCUACUGCAUCAACUCCGCCUCGCUGGCCUUCCAGUCCAAGAAGGACGCCGUCAGCACCUCCAGCCCCCCCGCUGAUGGGGAGGGGGCCGGGGCCGCUGGGGGCCCUCCCACGGGGGGGAAACCAGAGCUUUGAGACAGGCGGGAGCUUGGACAGACACCAGGAACCCAAACACGGCCACUCCAUAUCGAAACUCAGGACUUCAAAUCGAAAAAAAUUGUGAUUUGCCAGGAAGAGUAAUAGUUGAAACCAACAAAUUCGCUACUGUACUUUCACCUAUCAAAUGAUGUCAGAUCUGUGUUCAACUUGAGAAUGGGAGGGGCCCCUUUAAAGAAGUCACAGGAGCAGGACCCUAGACUCUACUCCACCCCAGACACAGACCAAAUACUUCCCAACCAUAAUAUAUCAGUCAGAGAACUCCACAAUCUGAAAUAACACAGGCUCAAAUCAUCCACUCAAGGACCCAUUGUGUUGCCAUAGCCAAAAGCUGCCCAGACACCAAGAAACAACCGCCUGCCUUAAUUCCCCAGGUUUGCACAAUAGAACUCUAGUCUGAGGUCUAAAAACUUGGCCUCACAUAGCUCACAUUGUCCUAGAAACGUAGAAGAAAGGUUUUGAUAAUACACGUCCAUGUGCUGUCUUAUUUUUUGCCUCCGAGUGUACCGAAAGCCCUUUACUUGGAAGUGAAUUAUACACGUGUACUUUCUGUGAGCAAUGUGUUAUUUUUGAAGUGAUAUUUGAUCCGGAGAGGUGGAGGGUUUAAGGCAAAGCGCUAUGCAAGUGCUCCUGUGAGUUGUAAAAUAAGCAUCAAGCGGAGAACAAAGCAUUCUUUCACAUAAAACGGAACAGAUGACAAAUGUUUAGUCUGAACACAAAACGUAGCCUGGCUUUUUUAAGGGUGCGUUUCCCACUCCCUGUACCUUUCGGUGUUCACUGCGUUGAGUUGAGUAUUUUCUCUGGGUUUUCCUUCACCGAAUGCGUUGACAAGGGAUGUCGGAGAUUUGUUGAAUAAAAACGUGAAAACA